AUGGCGAUGCUGUUUUUUCGUAGUCCUGUUUGUGGGCAUAUUUUAGCAAGAGUGUACCAAGAUGCUCAAGAACUAUUGCGAGAAACACAUGAACUGGAACUGGGCAAAGUCUGGGAAGAACUGCAGACCAUAACCCAGUUUACGGAAACUAUGAAGACGAACCCUGGAAGGAUUGCAGGAAGAGGCAUACGAAUCCAAGAUAUCUUAAAAGAUGGGGAGAACUUAACUACGCUUCUGCUUGAAAAUGCGGGCCUUCCUGAUACAGUGGUUAACCACCUGAUUAAUGCUCAAGUGAGACCUCAACAGUUUGCCUUUGGAGUCCCAGAGUUGACUCUGAGAGAUAUCGCCUGCAGCCAGGCCCUGCUGAAUCAUUUCAUUAUGUUCAGCAGUCCACCAGGCUUCCAAGCUGUGCACAGCACGAUGUGUGCCCUUUCCCAGGAGGCCUUGCAGAAGGUCGAAGACUCUUGGUACGCAGACUUCUUUAAGCUUUUCCAUUUGCUUCCCAAUGUCUUGGACGGUAAUAUGCAAGGUGCUGAUCUGCGCUGGGGACGAGUACUUUCUAAUGUGUCUCAAGCACUGGCACAUAGGCCAAGUGUGCAGGACCUUUUAUCAGUUCUGCAGCUGCUUCUGCAAGAUGGAGAGGCUGCAUCCUUAUGGCAGCUGAUGAGUACUUUAUCUGAUCUUCUCUGUGGUUACCCAGAAGGAGGUGGCUCCAGAAUACACUCUCUCAACUGGUACGAAGAUAACAAUUACAAGGCCUUCUUGGGGGUUGACUCUACGAAGAAGGAAUCCAUUUAUUUUUAUGACAACACAACCAAGACAGGUGACUUGUCUUGUGACUGGCUGAUUUCUUUCUCCUUUCAUGCCAGGAGCCUAGGGAGGGACACAUAUGAGAAGCUCCGUCUGCACCUGACAUUUAAAGCAUGCUUCGCUCUUGAUAAAUUUGAGGGCCAUGCUGAUGAAACUGAGGCAACUCAUCGUGCUCUGUCUCUUCUAGAGGAAAAUAAAUUCUGGGCUGCUCUCGUCUUUCCUUAUCUAGACCCAACAACCAGCCAGCUGCCGCCUCAUGUGGAAUUCAAGAUUUGUGUGGAUAUAGAUGCAGUGGAGAAAACAAACAAAAUCAAAGACAGGUACUGGGAUCCUGGCCCAAGAGCUGACCCAGUGGAUGAUCUGCGUUACAUCUGGGGAGGGUUUGCAUAUCUGCAAGAUAUGAUUGAGCAUGGGAUUAUCAAAACCCAGACCGGUGUUGAAGUGCCUUCUGGGAUCUACCUGCAACAAAUGCCCUAUCCAUGCUUUGUAGAUGAUGUCUUCGUGGUUACUUUGAACCAUUUCUUCCCCAUCUUCAUGGUGCUGGCUUGGAUUUACUCUGUUUCCAUGACAGUAAAGCGCAUUGUGCUGGAAAAAGACAUGAGACUGAAGGAGGCCAUGAAGAACAGGGGGGUCACUCAUGGGGCUAUGUGGUUCGCAUGGUUCCUAGACAGCUUUAUCAUGAUGGCUAUGAGCACGUUUCUCCUGACAACACUCAUUACGUAUGGCAAAGUACUUCAGUACAGCAAUCCCUGCCUCUUCUUUCUGUUCCUGUUGACCUUCACCAUUGCCAGCAUCAUGCAGUGCUUCUUGCUCAGCACGUUUUUCUCCAAGGCUAAUCUGGCAGCCACCUGCAGUGGCGUUAUCUACUUUACCCUGUACUUGCCCCACAUCAUUUGCUGGCAGGACCAUCUGACUGUUAAGCUAAAGAUUGUGGCAAGCUUGCUUUCACCUGUGGCUUUUGGGUUUGGUACAGAAUACUUGUCACGCUAUGAAGAGCAAGGCCUUGGGCUACAGUGGAAUAACAUUCAAACCAGCCCACUGGAAGGAGAUCAAUAUAGUUUUUUGUUGUCUAUGGAAAUGAUGAUUUUGGAUGCUCUUAUCUAUGGAUUGCUUGCUUGGUACCUGGAUAAUAUCUUCCCAGGAGACUAUGGGAUACCAUGGCCUUGGUAUUUCCCUUUGCAGCAGGCUUACUGGCUUGGGUCAGGACACCCAAAGGCUGAGAAAACAACAACUGUGGUUGGUUAUGACAGGAUAUUUGCAUCUGGUUCUCAGCAGAUGAAGGCACUUCUGGGCCAGCAGGGGCUAAUCCCCUCUGAAACCUCUCCCACUAGCACCAUCCCAAUCCUUACAAAUGCUAGGGUCAGAGCAAAAAGAAGCAGCAACAUUGUUCCCUUUGAAAUGGAUUCUCAGCUGAAAUCAUGGGAGAUUGAACGUCCUUUCGAUGCAAUUCCACUAGGACCAUUAACAGCAAACCUGUAUUUUGAAACUGAGCCUUCUGGCCUGGUCCCUGGUGUGUGCAUUCAGAACCUGAUGAACCUGAUGAAGACCUUCCCUGAUCGCUCUAAGCCUGCAGUUGAUGGAACGACUAUUACUUUCUAUGAGGGUCAGAUCACUGCUUUUCUUGGCCACAAUGGAGCUGGAAAGACCACCACUAUGUCUAUCCUCGCAGGUCUGUUCCCACCUACAUCUGGAACAAUACUGGUUGGUGGAAAAGACAUCCAAACACACAUGGACUCCAUACAGCAGAGUUUAGGCAUGUGUCCUCAGUACAACAUCUUGUUCAAUGACCUUACUGUUGCCGAACACAUCCUGUUUUAUGCCCAGCUGAAAGGGAGGUCCAGAGAAGAGGCAGAAUUGGAAAUGGAGAUGAUGUUGGAAGACAUAGGCCUUCUGCAUAAAAGGAAUGAAGAGGCUCAAAACUUGUCAGGUGGCAUGCAGCGAAAGCUUUCUGUUGCCAUUGCCUUUGUAGACGAAGCAAAAGUGGUUGUCCUGGUUGAGCCCACUUCAGAAAUUGAUCCAUAUUCCAGAUGGUCCAUUUGGGAUCUCCUACUGAAGUAUCACUCAGGUAGAACCAUCAUUGUGUCUGCCCACCACAUGGAUGAAGCAGAUAUCCUUGGAGAUCGAAUUGCUGUCAUUUCCCAAGGCAAGCUGUGCUACUCAGGAUCUCCUGUUUUCCUAAAGAAUUCUUUUGGGACAGGCUUUUAUCUCACCUUAGUCCGCAAGAUGAAAAGCAUCCAAGACGGCGGAGGAAAGGAGGCUGUAACAUGCAAAGACUGCUCAUGUUCCUGCUCCAGCUGUGUACCCACAAACAAGGCUGAAACUGUUGAACAGGAACUGGAUGGCGAUGUGAAUGAACUAAAUGAACUGAUCCAUCAUCAUGUUCCGGAAGCAAAGUUAAUAGAAAGUAUUGAUCAGGAACUUAUCUAUCUUCUACCCAGUAAGAAUUUUAAACGAGGAUAUACCAGUCUCUUCAGAGAAUUAGAGGAAACCCUGGCAGACGUGGGACUCAGCACUUUUGGAAUCUCAGACACACCACUUGAAGAGGUUUUCUUGAAGGUUACAGAAGGACUGAUCCUAGAAUACAGAAUGCAGAUUGUUCUACCUGCCAACUUCAUGCUGCUGGCUUUGCUCCUUACAGUUCUCAUCCCUCCAUUUGGUGAAUACCCCAGUUUAACUCUCCACCGCUGGAUCUAUGGGCACCAGUUCACUUUCUUCAGCAAUGAGCAGCCUGGGAGUGCACAGAUGGUUUCGCUUAUUGACACCUUCUUAAAUAAACCAGGAUUUGGAAAUCGCUGCUUGAAGAGAGAGACCCUUCAGAACUACCCUUGUAAUAAUACAUCAACUGCCUGGAAGACACCAGUUGUCCCUUAUGAUGUCUCUGCCCUUUUUCAAACUAACCAGUGGAAUCCUGAGAACCCCUCACCAUCCUGUAAAUGCAGCACUCAGAAGAAAUCCACUAUGCUACCUGAGUGCCCUUUGGAAGCUGGAGGAUGUCCUCCCCCUCAGAGAGUUCAGCGUAGCACAGAAAUUCUUCAAUAUCUCACUCAUUGAAAUAUUUCUGAUUUCCUGGUGAAAACCUACCCCAACCUCAUAAGAACCAGUUUAAAGAGUAAAUACUGGGUCAAUGAGAAAAGGUAUGGAGGAAUUUCCAUUGGAGGAAAACUCCCUGUCCUUCAUGUCCCUGGACAGCAAAUUGUUGGUUUUCUGAGAGAUCUCGGUCAAAUGAUGAACAUAACAGGGGGUGAAGCAACAAUGGCUGUCUCUAAAGAAAUAUCAAAUUUGCUUAAGUAUAUGGAAACUGAAGACAAUGUUAAGGUGUGGUUUAACAACAAAGGCUGGCACGCCAUGGUCAGUCUUCUCAAUGUAGCCAACAAUGCAAUCCUGAGAGCCAGUCUGCAGAAAGGGAAAGACCCUGAGGAAUAUGGGAUAACGGCUAUCAAUCACCCACUGAACCUCACUAAGGAGCAGCUCUCUGAAGUUACUGUGCUGACCACUUCAGUAGAUGCUGUUGUUGCCAUCUGUGUGAUUUUUGCCAUGUCUUUCAUCCCAGCUACCUUUGUUUUUUAUCUUAUCCAAGAAUGAGUGACAAAAGCCAAGCACCUCCAGUUUGUCAGCGGUGUGAGCCUUUCUGUUUACUGGUUUACUAAUUUCCUCUGGGACAUCGUGAAUUAUACAGUGAGUGCUAGCUUGAUAGUGGGAUUAUUUAUUGGUUUCAAAAAGAAAGCAUACACAUCACCAAGCAACCUUCCUGCACUUAUUGCAUUGCUACUUCUAUAUGGAUAUGGAGAUGGCUACAUCACCAUGAAAAUCAAGGCUCCUGAACCCGGAUUGCCUCCGGAUCUAAGCUUAGCUGAGCAGUUCAUUCAAGUUAACUUCCCAGGCAAUGUACAAAAGGAAAAGCACUACAACAUGCUCCAGUACCAGGUAUGCACCUACUCGUUGGCCAGGAUCUUCUGCCUGAUUCUCUCCAACAAGGACAACCUGAAUAUCGAAGAAUAUGUCACACAAACUAUCCUGGAUCAGGUUUUUGUGAACUUUGCUAAACAACAGCUAGAGGAUGAGGAAAUUCCUCUGCACCCUCAUGCAGCAGGAGCUAAUAGAGAGGUGAAGGGGACCUCUGCUUUCUUUCAGCAGACAACUGCAUAG